CGCUUACUUGCUGUGUGCUGAAUUGCCUUGCGGCGGACGCAUGGCUGUCCGCACAGAGCUCUCGGCUGCUAGUACGACGCCUCUUUAACUCAGGCUCUUUAAUGAUAUCCAUGGCCGAAAACGCAACUCGACCGCGGGCGGAGCUUUUACAGCUCCUACAGGCCCUGACAAACCAAGCGGCGGCCGAUGACAGUUUACCGCUGCGGGACCUCGCGGAUCAGCUCGCUUCUCUCGCGGAGCAGAUGCGAAUAGCAAGCAACAACACUGGCCUAGCAACCGACGGCGGCGGCUGCGGUGCCGCGGCUGGGGCGGCCACGGCCGCCAGGCCACUGGUGGUUGACGGGUCGGCGGAGGCGACCACCGGGCAGCCCGCUAAGAAGCAGCGGAGAGCCCCCCGGGAGUUCGAUUUCAGCCGCUACCGCACUCGCUUCGUGGCUCUGGAGCUCAUGUAUGUGGGGUGGAGCUAUCAGGGUUUCGCUCGGCAGGACAACACGGAGAACACGAUAGAGGCGAGCAGCGUGAAGCGGGGUUGGGGUGGGGUGGUGGCUCUGAACCUCCGCUCCGUGGCCCGAGUGGAUGAGCCGGAGGCGCCCCUGGAGCUCGAGUACGACUACCCCCGCCUGGUGAAUAAGGCCCUGCCACCGGACGUACGGGUGCUGGGCUGGACGGCCGUCCCGGAGAACUUCAACUCCAGGUAUGUAUAUCAUCCGGAUCCUCCAGAGAGCUGUCGAUAUUCCUUAGAUAUUGACGCCAUGCGCGCUGCUGCUGCACGGUUUGUCGGAGAACACGACUUCCGGAACUUCUGCAAACCCGACGUGGCGACGGUGCGGAGCUUCCGUCGCCGCAUCCUGUCGUUUACCCUGGACCCGGUGCCCACCUCCUCCUCUGACGGGGCCCACCGCGUGUUUGCAAUAACGGUGCGGGGAACCGCCUUCCUGUGGCACCAGGUUCGGUGUAUGGCCGCCGUGCUGUUGAUGGUGGGGCGGGGUCAGGAGCGGCCUGAAGUGGUUUCGGAGCUUCUGGAUGUAGAGGCCCACCCCCGUAAGCCCCAGUACUCCAUGGCGCCCGAGGAGCCCCUGCUGCUGUACGCGUGCGGCUUCAGCGACCUCCGCUUCCGUCGCAGUGGCGCCGCCGUGGGGUGUGUGCUGGGUGACGUGGGGGCCCUGCUGCACCGCCACCUCAUCGGGGCCGCACUCACUGCUGCGUGCCAUGAUAGACUGACCCUGGAUACCCGGCGGCAGACGGAGCCAUCCAUUGAGGAUCGCAUGGCGAGGCCGCACAAAACGGCGUUAACAACGGCGUCAAUUCUUUUCUUGGUAGCAUUCAGGCUUGUAACCAUGUCUGAGGAAGCUAAAGUUGAGGCUAAGGAGGAAGUGCAGGAACAAGGACCUGUUGAACCUCUUGGAGAAGCCGCACCGGAAACCGCUGAAAUGAAAACCGAGGACGCUGUGCCGAUUUCGGAUGAUGCGCAUGCCGUCGAGGAUGCUGAAGACGGUGAGCAUGAAGGUGUCGAUGAAGGAGAAGAAGAUGAUGAAGCAGGCGUGGACGAGGAGGCGGAACCUGGCGGCGACGAUGCGGCGGCAACGACAGAGGAGCAAACAAAUGGGGCAGGCAAGAGGAGGAAGGGACACGUUGGUCCAUUAACUCUCGGCUAUAGGUCGUUCGAAACCGGCAAGGCGUGCGCGGACUACCUUAAAGCACUUCUAUCGACAUCGCCGUUGGACACCGACAUGAACGAGUAUGAAUACCGGGUACUUUUGGAUCUCAUUCAAAAGGGACACCCUUCAGCUGCAUCAAAGAUCGGCUGCGGCCUACGCGCCUUCCAGGUCCGGCACUACAACGCGGAUGGUGAAGCUCGCGCGUUCUUCGCCAUUCGUAAGGACGGCACCCGGGAGGACUUCAGCUACGUCAAGUGCCUAGGGCAACUGUACCCCGGCGAGAUAACGCUUCAGCCCGCGAAGCGCUUCAGGGAGUUCCCCGAGCUGCUAAAUGACAUUGCAGUGGGAUCCCGGACAUGUCACCGGUGGUAG